AUGUGUCACAUAGUGUUCGGCCAUUUCCCUGACUGCCCUUUAGCAAAUGCUCCUGAUUUAGUGAGCGAACGCUUGAAGAAGAUGGGAAAAAAGGACGCACAAGUUACCGGCUGGAAAGUAUUCAAGGGAGAAUAUUGGGAGCAAAAGAAGCAGGAGAUGCAUGGAAAUAUGGGAGCAAUCACAGAUGCAGCUUCAGCAAUUUGGAGGGAGAUGAGUGAUGCUAACAGGGAGCCGUACAGGAAGAAGGAGGAACAGCUGAUAGAGGAGAAGAAGAAGAAGGAGAAAUAUGUGUCCCCAUUUUCUACUCGGUGCUCCCCCACAAAAUUCAAGGAAGUGGCAAAAGAUUUAUGUCUGGAGUUGAUUCAUGCAUAUGACCCCCCAAGUAAACAAAUUACCAUAAGGGGGAAGACAAAGAAGGUCACGUGUACAGAUGUUAGGAGGGUUCUUGGGUUACCAGAUAAGGGCUCCAAAGUGAAGUUGGAUGGCUUCAAGGAUGAAGUAAAUGAGCUGAAGAAGGACUAUACUCCACUGACAUAUUCUCAAAUUGCGGAGAAGAUAAAGAGUGAUGAAGAAGAUGGAAACUUUGAAUUCUAUUUUGUUCUUUUCACAGUGGGCACUCUUCUUUGUCCCACGGGAAGUGCAAGUGUGAGUGACAAGGUGCUAAAAGUAAUGGCCUGCACAGAAAAUAACUGGAAAAAAUUUGACUGGGCUUCCUUUGUGCUUGACGAGCUCAGUGAGGAAAUUAAACGGUACAAUAGGAGCAGUAAGGAAGGACAGACCGAGAGUGCCAGAGUCGUCGGAGGGUGCAUCUACUUUUUAUUGUUGCACUUCCUGCAAAGGUUCCCUCUACAGGGAGGUGAACCAAAAGACAAAGACGCCGUCACACAUUGGGAUGAUAAGGCUGUGAAGAGGAGAAUUGAUGCGGAAAAGGAGAGUCGACAUGGCAUUUUCUACAGUCCACCCGCUGCUGAAGUGAAUGAGUCAACACAACCGGGGAGCAGUACAAGUUUCCAUCAUCCGGACAUUAAGGAGUUUUGGCUCAAUUUCAACACCACAUUGAACAAUGAGAUGACCAAGAUUCAAAACUUAGUUUGUGAUGAAUUAGUUAAGCUGGAAAAUAAACUUCUUAACCGGGGAGGCAAUGAAGAAGAAGGAAAAGAACACCACACUGAGGAGGAUGAAAAUGAGCGGCCACAACAUGAUGAAGUUAUGACUGUAGAGAGCGGAGAAACACAUGAAAGUGGUGACAAAUUGCAUGAUGAUGAACAGCAAGAAGAAGAAGAAGAAGAAGAAGAGGAAGAUGAAGACGAGAACGACAAUGUGAGAGAAGAUGAAGCUGCAGAUAAGGAUACUGAAGAUGAACAGGCAGCUCAAACGGAAGAAGGGAAAAUGGUGGGCAAAGCAGUGCAGCUACCCACAAGGAGGUCAAGUAGACGUAAAGUCCCAGCAGUUAAAUCUCCUUACAUGUCUACUUAUGGCAGAAAGGUGAAAAUGAGUGAGAGGGAUGCAUUUUAUACUGUGUGUACUGAGUGGUGUCAACCAGAUGAGGCUCAAGAGGUCAUGGUAGAUAUGUUUGGGCAUUUGGCAACACGAUCAGACCUACAAGCACUGGGUCCCAGAAGGUGGAUAAGCAACAGGAUCAUGACUCUGAUUGCCCACACCUUGAACGCUGACCAACAUGAGAGUGCCUCUGCGGUUAAAAGACACAUAUUUGAUGCAGAUUUCACGGCAAGGAUGGUGCAGCAACACACAGCAUGGCAAGUGGACAAACACCUGAAAGAACUACUUCCCCAACACGUGGGAUACAAUUUGGCUGAAUGUGAAUACAUAUUUGCACCUGUUGUGUUUGCACUGCAUUGGUUUUGCUUUGUGUUUGAACCGAGCACACUAAAGUUUUAUGUGCUGGACUCUCUGCGUGGUGGUGAGGAUACAAUGAAGCACCAAAAGAAGAAGAAUAAGUCUGAUCCAGCAUUAAAGGGGCAGCAAAUGAUGGCGCAAACUUUUAGGGCACACUUCAUUGAAAUCCUAAGGACAGUGAAGCCUGAGCUGGAGGGGUUGGCCAACCCAGAUUCAAACAAUGACAUCUUGUAUCCCACGGUUCAUGUUCAAGACAAUACUGAUGAUUGUGGGGUUCAUGUCAUCACAUAUCUAAGAGAGUGGCCCAACCCACAAGAGAAGGAUGGAGUUCUAUUCACCAUGCCUUAUUAUACAGCAGAUCAAUACACAUCUAUACGGUGUGAGCUAUUGUGGUGGCUCGUGACGCAUCAAAGAAACAUCAAGUCAGAUGCUGUUACCAAACACCUUGACCACAUUAACAGACAACGCAAGAGAAAGCGAUGA